UAGCGUUGAAGUUGUGCGAGAACGCUGUGUACACUUUGUUCUUGGGUAUUAAAAGGAUUUUGAGACAAAUAGUGAAAUAGCUUUCAAGGCAUGGACAUGUCAACGAGGCCUCGACCGUGAAUCGGCUACAUAAACCGGCGAUUGCCGUUGUAUCGACGAGAAUCUCUGCUGGCAAGCAGUGUCCCGCGGCUCAUUAUCCGGCAAAUUAAUAUCACAGAACGAUUCUGUGACAACUGCAAAAGGCUUCGGUUUUCGAUCACUUCGUUAUCUCGAGUUUGAGGUUUAUUUAAAGUUCAUGCGUGCUUCAAGCUUGUUUACAAGUUGAGGUGAAACUUCGAGCGUUAUCUCAUAGCUGUGUCUGGCGAACUACAAGCUCUCUCCUAUAAACAUCAAGGAUAUACAAUAUAUUUCAUGUGUAAACCCGUGUGGGCCCGUUCGUGUUCCUUUGACAUUCCCCAGAUGUAAGUCCUUCAAGAUAUCUGCUCGAUAAGCUCUCGAGCGAAAAUCGUUAUGCGUAAUCAUGUUUCAUCGGCUAGAAGAAACUCGAUAGUGGUCCUCUCCGCGACUGGACUAUUUGUUAUAUUGCUUGCAGCUGCGUAUGCUAGAUCGGGACUGUUGUUUUCCAGCGAAUCGCUGUCCGAUAAAAACGUGCAAGAGCCGGCAAAGAACAGUCGCGUGCGUCGUAGUUUGACAUCAAAUGGAACAAACUCGACAAAUAGCGAUGAAGAUGAUACCACAGCGAGGAGAGACGAAUAUCCGGACGACGUAUUCUCGUUGGAGCAAAAGCAACGUGGUGCAGUAAUUCUACACGUUCUCGGACUGUCCUACAUGUUCCUAGCCCUAGCAACCGUCUCCGACGAGUUUUUCAUACCAAGUCUCGAAGUCAUAACGGCAGAAUAUGGCGUGUCGGAGGACGUCGCAGGCGCUACGUUUAUGGCGGCUGGGGGAAGUGCACCUGAACUAUUUACGUCUGUAAUCGGUGUCUUCGUAGCCAACUCGAACGUCGGCUUUGGCACUAUUGUUGGCAGCGCUGUAUUCAAUGUGCUGUUUGUGAUUGGUAUGUGCGCGGUUUUCUCCAAGGGUGUACUUCAUCUAACGUGGUGGCCGUUAUUUCGCGAUUGUAUCUUCUACAUGAUCGCUCUAAUCUUGCUCAUUACCUUCUUCGUGAACGGCCGUACCGACGAAAGCGCUAGCUCUGAAAUUUACUGGUGGGAAGCGGUCACGUUGAUGGUCUGGUACAUCGCUUACGCCUUGUUUAUGAAAUACAACGUGCAAAUUGAACAGUUCGUUAAGAAGCUAUUGCCGAGAGGGAACCGGAUUGCGGACGACGAUGCCUUUGUUCUAUCCAGCAGGACUAGCUCGAAAGACACAGACGCAUAUGUUCAGAAAGCUUUGGAAUAUAUGAAACGCAAUGGAAAGGAAGGACAAUGUUUCCGUUUCGGGGUGCUGCAGUUGGUCAUGCGCACAAUUGAUCCUCUUCGAGAAGUUUCCGUGUGUGACUUGGCCAUGGAAAUGGAGACGAUCAGCCACAAGAACCGUACGACGGCAACUAAAACCGCAUCACAAAUGACGUUGCUGCAAGCCGACCAACUGAGCGUCGGCAACGUCACUUUACCUAACAGCACAUUCACGACUAGCACAACAUCUUCUAAGUUGUCCGCUGACAAUCUGCGCCUGCACACAGCUUCUGUUUUGACAACGAGCACCGGUAUAACGACGGAGAAUGAUGACGAGAGUUACCUUCAAAUUGCUCAGCCAAAGGGAUCUUUUGACGAAGGUUCUGACUCCAUAGCAGAACUACCGGAACCGCUGGACCUCUCCUGGCCAAAGAAUUUGAAAGACAAAAUUGUUUACGUCAUUCGAGCUCCGAUAUUGUUUGCGCUCUACGUCACAUUAUCUGACGUCAGAAAACCGAAUAAACGGCGUAGAUAUCCCUGGACGUUUUUUGUCUCAAUCCUAUGGAUUGUCGUGUUUUCAUAUUUCAUGGUCUGGUGGGCUAAGGAGAUAUCCGUAACCAUGGAAAUCGAUGACGAAAUAAUGGGGCUGACUGUGCUAGCAGCCGGAACUAGUAUCCCGGAUCUUAUCACCAGCGUCCUCGUGGCGCGCAAAGGAUACGGGGAUAUGGCAGUGUCAAGCUCAGUGGGCAGUAACCUUUUCGAUGUAACAAUUGGGCUCCCAUUACCAUGGCUUAUAUGGAGUAUCAUGCACAGCGGUGAUGCUUUCGAAGUGGUGAGCAGCGGGCUCUUUUGUUCGACCAUCAUGCUCUUCGCGAUGUUACUCACGGUGAUCAUCUCAAUAGCGGUAUGCAAAUGGCAAAUGAGCAAAACAUUGGGCGGGCUCAUGCUUGUUUUGUACUUCUGUUUCGUUGUAUUUUCUGUGCUCCUGCAGAAAGACGUUUUUCAGUGUGAUUUCUGAUGCCCUGGGCGUCUUUUCGUUCGCUGGAUUUGUUGUCAGAAUGAUAGAAUCAUUUAAGCCGGUCAGUGAGUGAAAUUUUUUUUCCAAACCGAAUCGAUUUCCAAGUCAAAUAAUUGUAUAUCAUGCGGUAAAUAUACUUUGGAUUCUGCGGGCGGCUGACCUAGCGUGAUUUUAAACUUUGCGAUAUUUCAACGCUUCGCCAUCAGCGUCUUCUGAUUACCUUUACAAUGGUCGUUCGUAAACUUUGUCGAAAAACUAAUUUAUUUCUUAGAGCGAAGGCGGAACGUAGCAAUUCCGUGAUAAUUUAUUGUAGUGUUGUUAGGAAAUGGAAGACUAUGCAACGAAUUUUUGUAGAAAAUGCAUAAUAUUUAUGCCAGUACGAAUUAUUUAUUUCCGUUGAAAAAUUGACCUUUAAAAGUGUCGAUUAGUUCAGUUAUCGUCAGUGACAGUGUAAAUAAUCAUUAUUUACGUAUUAAUAUUGAAAAUGAAUAGUUGUUAAAAGAUUCCUAUGUAUCAGUCCACGACAGUUCAAAACACUGAAAACUAUCACUUUGACGUACACACAUUUCAAGAAUCGUUUCUCAGAACUAUGUAAAAGGCUUUACACAACAGAGUGUUUACUUGACAGUUAUUAUUCUUUGUUAUUGUAUAA